GCGCACGCAAAGGCGGAAGUCAAGUUAUUAGUCUGAGGUCGCUUCCGGUUUCCCACAUUUGAGGUGUUUACAAACUGGCCACUUACUUAGCAAACGCUUCAUUUUGCAACCUUUUAACACGCACACACAUUCUGAACGCUGCCAAGAAGUUGAGGGCGAGGACGUCGCCUCGGGGCGUUUGUGAGGGACUUCACUGCGGCGGCUUUGACGUGUUAGCUCGUGGCUAACGUGAGCCAAGUGAUGGCCUCUGGGAUACUGCAAACUCUCUGACAAGUUUCCCAGUCGCUCUCGCGAUGACGAGCGAAGAAGCCAAGAGCACCGUGGCGGUCAACGAAGACGACGAGGCCGCCUCUGCUCCUCCAUCCGAGUCGAACGAGCACGAUUAUGCCGACACUGACUUCGCUGACGCCGCCGAACUUCCAGCGCGCGCCGGGGGUGAUGAGGAUGACGAAGAGGAGAAGAACCAGCUCCCAAAAGCACCGGUCCAUCGUGGACGUCGGCGGACCAAGGGCCAGGAGGACAAUAUGUGCUCCUGCUGCAAGGAUCAGUUUGAGCGGCAGGGCCGAGGUUUCAACAGGAGGGCCGUGUUCACCUUCACCACGCCGGAGGCCGCCCAGUGGGUCUUCCCCGACGCUGGCGCCAUCAGCAAAAAGUCGUUUGUGUGCGAAACAUGCGCGCAGGUUAUCAGGACCAAAUGCUGGCGCAAAAACAACGGCAAGAGGGUCUUGUGGCUCAAACCUGCCGUUGCUAAACAGGCGAGCAGCUGCCACAGGAAGAAAGGCCAGCGUAUGGGCAAGAAGAGCCGCGCGGCGCUGCUGGUGACCAAGUCGUGCUACCGCUCGGCCUUCCGCAUGCUUUGGUCAGCCAAGGGCGCCCGGAAGCCCAUGAUGGACUUCCUGAGCCGCGAACUGCGCGAGGAAAUGAAGACGCUGUCGCGCCACUCCGACAGCCCCUUCCACCAGAAGGUGUCCAGCAAGAAGCUGCUCUCCUUCUUCCCGUGGGCGCGCUGCCUCAGCUGGGCGCAGGAGCACGCGCCGCUGGUCACUACCUGCCUGCGCUCCCUCUUCCCCACCGUCAAUGCCCUCGUCAAGAGCAGGCACCAGCUGUCGGCGUCGGAGGCAGAGCUUCAGGUGCUGCGGCGCAGCGUGCUGACCCUGGCGGUGCCGCUGUUCACCAGGAACAUCUGGACCAACAACUUCCUGCAGGCGGCAUUGGGGGCCAAGUUGCGUCUGCAGGGCUGCUCCGGACCCGCCUUGGACACACUCAACAGCCUGGGUCUGUGCCAGAACAAGGACACUGUGCGCUUGCGCCUGCACCGGCUGCAUGGCGCCGCCGGUGUCAACAACAAGACGAAUGGAGGACAGAGUCACGGUCACAUGAUUGACAUGGAGGAAGAUGAUGUCGAGGAAGAUGAAGAAGAUGAAGAAGAAGAAGAAGAGGAGGACGACGAUGACCAGGAGGAGGAGGCAGAAGAAGAACGGGUGCAAGUGGAGCUGGAGAAGAGGAAGCAGAAGAAGAAGCGGAGGCGGGAGCGAGAGGAAGAGGAGGAUGACGAGGAGGAGGUAGAAGAGCAAGAGGAGGAGGAGAGGAAGAGGAAGGUGGUGGUGGUGCGUCUGGGCCUGCUCAAGGGACACUCGGAGGUGGGACGGGCCGACCUGUCGGCCCCCUGAAGAAAAGCUCGUCAGCCCAUUGGAACAGGAACACAGGAAGUUUUAAAAGUGUCCCGUUCAAACAAAAAUUAAACUGGAGAUGAGGAACUCUGAAUUUCUUCAGAUUAGAUGAUACAACAAAGGACGCAUAAGAUCAACCCUGUAAAUAGCAAAAAUUAAAAUCAUUUCAACACUU